GAAGUGGCACGACCCUGCAGACAGAAGAACCCACCCGCAUGUCGUCCUUUAUUGAUGAAGCUGAAAAAGAAGGCGCACCUUUCGUGUCCAGAAUGCAGGGUUGUUUGCACAAACGAAGACGCUUUGCUGAGCCACUUCUGCAGUCGCCACAUCAAGCAACCGGAGACUGGAAAAGAGAGUAAAAUUAAGCUAAUAGCUUCACCCAUGAUUGCAUCUGCUAAUCAAGAACUCAACGAAGUCAGCUCAAGGAAGUGGAAGGGAUGCUUGGAAAAUAGAAGUUUCCAUUGUGAAGGAACAUACGAACAUUUCCCUCCCACCAUGUGGAUGAAGAUGUUUGGACUGAUGAUGCUGGGUCAUAUGUGUGGACAAGGUGGUCUUCAUUACAUCAUGAUGCAGCUGUGUAUUCAGCAACAUGUUAACCUGUCCCAGCGGAUGUUGAUGCUCUCAAAUGAUGUUGAGAAAAACCCAGGACCGGAGUAUUCAUGCAAAUGGACAUCCUGCAAGGAAGACUUUCACUCAAUAGGACAGCUAGAUGCACAUAUCAUCUCUCAUGUGGGUCAAGAGAAGUGCUGUAGAUGGGGAGACUGUACCAAAGUCCUGAGCUUUAAUCGUCUUGAAAUCCACGCACUUAAACAUCUCUAUGAUGGAAGUUGAGUACUGUGUAUGAACUGGUGUUACUUAAUUUUCUGCAUAUCUUUAUGUCGGUCUUCUCUAGUGUUGAUGGUCAAGUACAUAUUGUCUUCCAGGUUUGUGUGCCUAAUUACUACUGUUCAUCAUUUG